AAAUAAGUGAAAACCCUAAUUCUGAUUUGUGGUGCAGAAUGGAAGGGGAAGGAGAAAGGGGAAGGAAAAGAGGGGGGCGUGUAUGCUGCGUUUGCAACAAGGAAAGGGCUUCCGUGAAGAGGCCCAAAACCCUACAGCACAUGUGCAGAGAAUGCUUCUUCAAUGCUUUCGAAUCUGAGAUCCAUCAGGUCAUCAUUCAAAACUCCCUCUUCAUCGCCGGCGACCGCGUUGCCAUCGGUGCUUCUGGCGGCAAGGAUUCCACCGUCCUUGCCUACGUCCUCUCCAAACUCAACCGCCUCCAUAAUUACGGCCUCAAUCUCUUCCUCUUGUCCGUCGACGAGGGAAUCACCGGCUACCGUGAUGACUCUCUCCAGACCGUUCAUCGGAACCACCUUCAGUACCAACUCCCUCUCCAAGUGGUUUCCUACAAGGACUUGUACGGAUGGACCAUGGACCAAAUCGUUGACGUCAUUGGCUUCAAAAACAACUGCACUUUCUGCGGCGUCUUCCGUCGCCAGGCCCUUGAUCGAGGUGCUGCUCUCUUGAAGGUCGACAAACUCGUUACUGGUCACAACGCCGAUGACAUUGCCGAGACCGUUCUCCUCAACCUCUUGAGAGGAGAUGUUGCCAGAUUGAGUAGGUGCACCUCUAUUACCACCGGUGAAGAUGGUCCAAUUCCUAGAUGCAAGCCUUUCAAGUAUACGUACGAGAAGGAGAUCGUCAUGUAUGCAUAUUUCAAGAGGCUCGACUACUUUUCCACUGAAUGCAUCUAUUCUCCAAAUGCAUAUCGAGGUUUUGCUCGCGAGUUCAUCAAGGAUUUGGAAAGAAUCAGACCUAGAGCCAUUCUUGACAUCAUCAAAUCAGGGGAGAAUUUCAGGAUUUCUACUACUACCAAAAUGCCCGAACAGGGAACAUGCCAACGAUGUGGUUAUAUUUCUAGUCAGAAAUGGUGUAAAGCUUGUGUUCUGCUUGACGGGCUGAAUAGAGGAUUGCCUAAACUGGGGAUUGGACGAAGUCGUGGCGGUGUUGGUUCUGAGAACGGAAAAGAAAGUAAAGUAGAUAAGAGCAUCCAGGGAAAACAGUGUGGAACUCUAGACUUCUGAUUUGAAUCUACGGUGUCUGUGUACUAGUGCUUAAUCUAUCCAUAAGAGAAUUCAAUGGAAUGGUAGUUAUUGACAGUGCAAUUAUUUUUAUCUAUGAGGUGAAGUCACGCUUCCUGGAUUAGAUCCCUUGACAAGAUAAACCGACUCAACAAGACCUAUAAAAAGGAUUGAAAUGUGAAACUGAUGGUUUCAUGUGAUAAACAUAAAGGAAGGUUCACAAUAGAUGCAUUUUUGUACACAAAGUCCAUCCGUGAAUAUGAAUACGAAUGGAAUGGUCGAGAGAAUGUGAGUGAAGAGGCAACAUCAUGUCAGUUCUAUACAAAUAUUUGACGAUUUAUUAUUUGUAAGUUUUAUGAUUAUUUCAUAUUAACAUUAUUUUAGGCAUUAACUUCCUUGAAUAGUGUCAUCACGUCAAUGUGAAGUUUGAGAUUCAAAACUCUAA